UUAGGGUUUGAAAGAGAGCGAGAGAGACAAAGAAGCAAAUUAACAGCCAUUGACUGCCUUUCCUGCACAAAUAUCCCGGAUCUUCUAACUAGUUUCCAACAUGGAUUCAUGCCUUCUAUCUGAGUACCCUUGCACUCAUGAGCUUUUCUCAUUCAACCAUAUGGAGGACUCAUUUGCAGAAGAAAUACUAAGCAUAUUCAAUAAUUGCAAUGAAACCAUCAACCCCUGCCUCAUGGAUUACUUUCAAACCCAAGCUCCUGAAAUUUUCUUCAAUGACCCAUAUACUCUUCAACCUCAGACUCUUCAGUUCGACGAAUAUGAGAGUUUGUAUUCCUUUGAACCAGUCCAAAAACGACUGAAGCCAUGGACCCAAAAUCACACAAUGGAAACCCAAUAUAACCAAUAUAUAAACUCUUCUGAUUCUUAUUCAGAUAUGUAUUUCAGUCAACAUGAGGGAAAUUACUGGCCAAUGCCCGAUUACAUGCCGGAAACUGCUUUUCCGGCGAAAGUUCCUCCAUUUUCUGGUGGGGUAAUGCAAAAACCAGCAGAGAUUUUAUCAGCUCAAAGCAUUGCUGCUAGACAGAGGAGAAAGAAGAUUAGCGAGAAGACGAGAGAGUUAGGGAAGCUUAUUCCUAAUGGAACUAAACUGAACACUGCUGAAAUGCUUCAAGAGGCUUCGCAGUAUGUCAAUUUUCUUCAGGCCCAACUCUCACUUCUUAAGCUCAUGGACUCCACUUCAACACCAAUUGAGGAGGAACUUGGGGUCUUAUGUGGCUCUCUCACAAUUCAAGAGAAACUGUGUGAAGAGGGCAAAUGCCUUGCCUCAACAAAAUUUAUGAAAUCUUUGGUCCAAGAUUCAAAGAUACUGGGUGACCAUGCUCUAUCUAAGGACCUUAUGUGCCUGAUUCAGUCUCUAGAAACCUAGAUCAUGUAACUCUUCUUGUAAUGUGAAUAGUCCUCUUGAGGAAAAUCCUUUGUUUUUUGCUCAAAGGUGCAGCAGUUUUGCUUAAGUUCUUGUUAUUGCUCUGUAGUUUAAAUUGAAUUUGAACCACAGGAUUCUUGGAUUAAUGAAAACUCCCUCUUUUUUCCAA